AUUGAAGCAGCUUCAACACGUUCAAGUCACGAAAACUCUAAUAAAUCUAAUACAAAACAUUAACUGAUAAAUCUGUAUCCUUUGAGAUCUUCAAGAUCAAAGUUCGAAACACGGGAUUGGAGUCUCUUAGCUCUAUUUCUUAAGUUGUCUUCAGCUGUCUUACCUACUAGCUGCGUACACUUCAUUCAUACGCGCAUUCUUAUACAUUAGGUACCUGGGUACUUCAUAUCACCUAUUAUGCCGCGUUUGCCAAAAAUCCCAUCGCCAUACGGCCCGCGACCAAAGCGGUCAGCGCAGUUAGUCCUCAUUUGGAUGGCUAUACUGAUCAUCGCGUUCAUCGUGACGUUCUACCUCACGUCACGGGAACGCGACGCCCCGUCUUCAUACGCGGGUAUGCGACUCUCUGACGAUAAGGAGCCGGCGGGAGGAGGCGUGAAGAUGGCGAAGAUGGUGCCUUAAUAUUGCCUAUAUAGGUCGCCGUUGGGAGGUCUUCUAGGCGGGGCGCUUAAUCGCAGAGGAACUUCGCGCUCUGAAAACUCUCAGCCAUUUUCAAGACUACCCAUGAGUUGAAGUGGGAGGAAGCGAAACUGAUAGGACCGAGACGUUCAUUCGUCAAGACAAAUAGCAAUUCGGUCCAGGAUAUUAAUAAAUCGGGGAUUUACUUUACAUAGUAGAGAAGCUUGUAUUCUAGGACCGCGAUUACGUACAAGACCAAUUAGCAAACACACAGUUCCGAAUAAGCGCGUAUUCGCAGCCAGCCUCACCAAUCUAAGGCACUGUCUACAAGCUAAAAUAGUG